AUGAGCGGGUGUUUUCCACUUGUUGGCCUUCGAUGCCUGUCUAGGGACGUUAUGGCCGCGCAGGGCGCUCCGCGCUUCCUCCUGACUUUCGACUUCGAUGAGACCAUUGUGGAUGAAAACAGCGAUGACUCGAUCGUGCGCGCCGCGCCGGGCCAACUGCUGCCGGAGAGCCUGCGCUCCACCUACCGCGAGGGCUUCUACAACGAGUACAUGCAGCGUGUCUUCAAGUACCUGGGCGAGCAGGGCGUGCGGCCUCGGGACCUGCGUGCCGUCUACGAGACCAUCCCCCUGUCUCCGGGCAUGGGCGACCUGCUCCAGUUUGUAGCCAAGCAGGGCGCCUGCUUCGAGGUUAUUCUCAUCUCCGAUGCCAACACCUUCGGCAUAGAAAGCGCGCUGCGCGCUGCCGGCCACCACGGCCUGUUCCGUCGCAUCAUCAGCAACCCAUCGGGCCCCGAUGCGCGGGGCCUGUUGACACUGCGGCCGUUCCACACGCACAGCUGCGCGCGCUGCCCCGCCAACAUGUGCAAGCACAAGGUGCUUAGCGACUACUUGCGCGAGAGGGCUCACGACGGCGUGCACUUCGAGCGCCUCUUCUACGUGGGCGACGGCGCCAACGACUUCUGCCCCAUGGGGCUGCUGGCGGGCGGCGACGUGGCUUUCCCGCGCCUUGGCUACCCCAUGCACCGCCUAAUUCAGGAGGCGCAGAAGACCGAGCCCAGCUCCUUCCGCGCCACCGUGGUGCCCUGGAAGACGGCAGCCGACGUGCGUCAACAUUUGCAGCAGGUGCUGAAGACGUGCUGA